UAUAAACGGCCGGACGGUGGCAGUGCAGGGUCAGGUGGCAGUUUACAAACUGCCUCCCCACACCCUGCUUGUGUGCGCUCCCUGGGAGCGCACAGCACCGCGAUCCGGUGCCCGCUGUGUCCUCCGGCCACAGUGGAACACCGAUCGUCGGAUGGGACCUCUGUGCGAGGUCCUGAUCAUGUGAUCACUGAUUGGCCAAUCAGUGAUCACAUGCAGAUGAUCACUUCCUGACAUCAUUGAUUAUUACUUGUGAAUUCUGUGAAUGAUCACAGGGGUCACAUGGUACAGGACUAUUCACAACAGCCUUGUACUAUGUGACAAGCUGUGACCAAUCACAGCUCUC